CGUGUACUGUUUUGGCUACCCACUCGGACUACGUUACCCACAAUCCUCAGCUGCAAACAGGAAGCAGUUUCUAGCAAAAUGGCGGGCAAAGCAGUAAACAUGGUCACCAGUGCGGUGGGAGACUCCAGCAGUGACGACGACGAACAACUGAAAAGAUGCCGGGAGGCAACUUGGGAUACGCAAAUUAUUCGGACAGACGAAGGCCGUGCGAAACAAACCAAACGGGUUGUCAUUGCUGCCCAUGAACAUGAUGGUAACGAGCUCCAGGUCACCCAAGGGUUUCAAACUCAUGUUGCCAAAAAGCUAGGACAACUUCUUGACAGUCACUUUUCAGAGAUCCAGACUGAGAUAUCAGGCUGUAUGACUGCAAAAUGUGACGAUAAUGAAGAAGGGUUUCGUCUUUUCUCAACAUCAGUCCCAGGACAGCUGGCAGAAGAUCCACCUCCUCCUGUACGUCGUCGGCCUAUUCCCAGCUCAAGUGACAGCGACAGUGAGAUGGAAAUGAGGCUGAAGGAGGCAGCGGUGUCUUUCAACCAUCUUUUACCCUCGUCAUCGACAGCCGAACCUCCUCACUCGGAAAAGAUCAAGAAGUCUGACAGAGAAGAGGACAACCUUGUUAAGAAGAAGAAGAAGAAGAAGAGACUAGUUGAAGAUGCAGGUAGCACACAGGUGAACUGUGAUGUAUCUGCUUGUGCUCAGAGCAACAGGAAGCUUGCAAAGACACAGCAGAAACAACACAAAGCCAAACGGAAAAAUAGAAAGCAGCAGAAUGGCUUAACAGAAGAUUUGAACUAAGACUUUAGUUUAAGAAUGUAAAUUUUUUGUUUAUCUACAAGCCUCAAACACAGGUGGGUCAGGUUUAUAUCUUUACUCAUCAUCAACAGUAAAAAAAAUGUCAUUACAAGCCCUUUAAUACUAUUUUGUAUACAUUUCACAAAAACAAUGUUAGAAAUAGCUCUAAAAUGCAUGUCAUGUUGAGUUUACAAGUUCUAAGUGAAAAUACAAUUUGCCAAGGUUACAAAAAAGUAUUUAAAUAUGUUCUGAUGUAAUUUCUUUCAUUCAUUUUCUGUUUGUAUAAAAAAACUAAUAAUUUCCAA